UGUGUGCGUCCAAUCACUUUUUCGCCAAGCAAGUGCAAUUAUGCACUUUGUUUUGAACGUGCAAUCAGUGGAUAGGGAGUAGAUAUUCGAAUUGUUAACCCCGUUUGUUCAAUUCUUUAACACAAAGAGGAGGUGAACUGCAACUCGUAGCGCGUUUGGAUUUCCGUGCUUCCAUGCAAUGGCCCGAAUAAUUCGACCAGAGCAAGCGAUCCAGCUGCGAUUUUUACUGGAGCAACCAGAAGAAGUGCUGAUAGAGUUUUGCAAGCUGGCCAUCGAGUACAUAAACUCUGGGAUCAACGAGAAGAAAUGCACGGUGGCUGCGAAGAAACUUUCAUCCACGUACGAUACCGUGCGCGGGGCUUUGGAAGCGCUGGUCGCCCUGCUAAUCGACAGCACGAAAAUAGCAAUCUCCGAGCGUGAAUUCUAUGCCGCGGUCCAAACAUCGCUGGAAGGUAUCGACCAGAAGCAAAGCGAAAUACUGUGGCAGUUCAUAACGAGCAAGCGCAACCUGGUCGAUAAUGUGAUGCGCGCAUCCUGCCAGGAUGAGGUGUAUUUCCGAGAUUUGGAGUGGCGCAUCGAGGGACGCAUAGCAUCGCGCAGCCUUCGAUCACAGGCAACACCGGUGAUAAAGAUGAAGUUUCACCUAGACACCGAGUGUGUGAGCGAGUAUCGGGAAAAGUUACAUUCCACGCCGGACACGGAAAAGCACACACGCAGGGAAGUGUUGGCGGAAACGGACCCCAUCAUGCUGCAGCACAUGAUUCAGGUGCUGGAGCAAGCGCUGCUGGAAGCACGAACAAGGCGCGUUCGGAACUACGUGAAACCAGCACAAAGUUAACUCGCAGGAAUAAACAUUUACACCGAUGGUACGGCCCCAAAUGUGCUACUUUA